UCAAGGCCCUUGGGUUUUGUUUUUAUCUGAAUUCCAAGCCAUGGCCCGCUCUUGCGCAGUGGUGGGAGUGUUGCUGGCGGCGGCGGCCGCAGGGAGCUGCUUCCUUAGCGGAGUGCCCACCCAGCCGCCCCGCGCAAACACAGCCCCUCACCACAUCGAGGCAUUGAAGUCGGCACCGGUGCAGAGCAGCGAGAGCAGCUGGUCCUGGGCCGCACCUCUCUUGAGCUUUGGCGCCGCUCUUGGCUUGGUCUUCGGCCUUGUGGCCGCCCAGCCUGCCAAGGCCAUCACGGCUGAGCAGUUCAGCCAGCUCACCUACAAUCAGGUCAGGGGCUCCGGCUUGGCGAACCGCUGCCCCACCGUGGAGUCCAACGGCAGUGAGGUGCCAGUGAAGAGCGGCUCCCGCCUCAUCAACGUGUGCUUCGAGCCCAAGUCCUUUGCGGUGGAGUUCGAGACUGACAAGGGCAAGGAGUUCGCCACCACCAAGCUGACCACUCGCCAGACCUACAGCCUGGCUUUCGUUGAGGGCAGCCUGGAUCCCAACCCCAUCACCUUCAAGGAGCAGGAUGGCAUGGACUUCGCAGCCACGACUGUGAAGCUGCCGGAUGGCCAGUACGUGCCUUUCCUGUUCACCGUCAAGGAGCUGGUGGCCAAGGGUGAGGGCAGCUCCUUCAAGCCUGGCUUCACUUGGGGUGGCGAGUUCAGCGUGCCUUCCUACCGGACUGGUGGUUUCCUGGACCCUAAGGCCCGCGGCAUGUACUUGGGCUACGAUCAGGCGGUGGCCCUGCCUGCCAUGCAGGCUGAUGGCAAGGGCGGUCAGGAGGACCUCUUCAAGGAGACCAACAAGGUCUUUGACCUUGGCAAGGGUGCCAUCGAGAUGGAGGUGAACAAGGUGAACCAGGAGCUUGGCGAGAUCGGUGGCGUCUUCGUCUCCAAGCAGCCUUCCGACACCGACAUGGGUGCCAAGGCUCCAAGGAGACCAUUCUCCUGAAGGGCAUUUUCUACGGAAAGGUGGUGAACGCCUGAGAAGCCACAUGCCUCUUUCCAUGAGGCAGAGCACGCGCGAGCAAGCGUGAGCG